AUGACGGCCGUGGACAACGCUGGCAUCUGCAUCGCCAUCGACAGAGGCGGCACCUUCACAGACGCCUGGGCAUGGAUCCCGAGCAGGGAACCCAGGGAGCUGGUCCUCAAGGUCCUGUCGCAAUGCCCCGAGGAAUACGACGAUGCUCCCACAGAAUGCAUCCGGCAAAUAUUGGAGGUCGCCACGGGCCAGCCAAUCCCGCGGGGGACGCUGCUCGACCUCGGCCAGGUCGAGAGCAUCCGCAUGGGCACGACAGUCGCCACGAAUGCCCUGCUGGAGCGGAAAGGAGAGCGCACCGCGCUGGUCAUCACCAAGGGCUUCCGGGACAUCCUGGAGAUCGGCAACCAGGCCCGGCCGCACAUCUUUGACCUGUCCGUGCGCCGGAUGGCCAAGCUGUACAAGACCGUCCUCGAGGUGGACGAGCGGGUGACGAUCGAGGGGUUCGCAGAGGACCCGGAGCCGCAGCCCAUAGACGUCGAGUCUGAUCCCCAGUUGACGACGGGGCUGGCCGGCGAGGCUGUCCGCAUCAUCAAGGUCCCAGACUACGACCAGGUCCGGCGCGACCUCUCUGAUCUGUGGUCGCAGGGCUAUCGCAGUGUCGCCGUCGCCAUGCUGCACUCGUACACUUACCAAGACCACGAGCUCGGCGUGGCCAGAGUCGCGCGCGAGCUCGGCUUCAAGGUUGCCGUCUCGUCAGAACUCAACAAGAUGACAAAGAUCGUGCCUCGGAGCCAGUCGGCCGUGGCCGAUGCUUAUCUGUCGCCGAUCACGCAGACGUACUUGGCGAGCUUCCGGAAAGGCUUCAAGGGGCACCUCGAGGACGAGAACGCCAACAAGCUGUUUCUGAACCAGUCAGACGGCGGCCUGACGUCUUAUACAAACUUCACCGGCCUACGUGGAGUUUUGUCUGGUCCUGCGGGCGGAGUUGUUGGCCUGUCAAAGACUUGCUACGAUGCAAAGGAAGGGAAGCCCGUGCUUGGGUUCGACAUGGGUGGCACGAGCACCGACGUCGCUCGCUACGCUGGUUCUCUGGAGCACAUCUUCGAGAGCACCAUCGCCGAAGUGACCAUCCAAACGCCACAGCUGGACAUCAACACCGUCGCCGCCGGCGGUGGCUCCAUCCUGACGUGGGAGAGCGGCCUCUUCAAAGUCGGCCCGGGGAGCGCCGGCGCCAACCCCGGACCGGCGUGCUACGGCAAGGGCGGGCCACUCACCGUCACCGACGCCAACUUCUUCCUCGGCAGGAUCGUGCCCGACCUCUUCCCCCGGCCGCUGGACCACGCCGUCGUGCAGCAGAAGUUUGCCGAGCUGACCAGGACCAUCAACCUCGACAAGCAGGGCAGCAAGGAGUUCUCGCCGGAGGAGGUGGCCAUGGGAUUCCUGAUGGUCGCCAACACCACGAUGACGAGGCCGAUCCGCACCCUCAGCGAGGGCCGGGGCUUCGAGACGGCGGCUCAUAACCUGGGCUGCUUCGGCGGCGCAGGCGGCCAGCACGCCGUGGCGGUGGCCAGAGACUUGGGGAUCCGGCACGUCGUCAUCCCUCGCUAUUCGAGUAUCCUGUCAGCUUACGGGAUGGCGCUCGCCGAUGUCGUUGUCGAGAACCAAGAACCAGAGUCGCAAAUCUUUGCGGAAGAGGCGUUCUCCGUCCUGCAGAGCCGCUUCGACAGGCUAUGCUCCCGGGGCCGGGAAGGGCUCAUCUCCCAAGGCUUCACGGAUGCCGAUAUCCGGCACGAGUGCUUCUUGAACAUGAGGUAUCAGGGCAGCGACACCGCCCUGAUGAUCCAGGAUCCCGGCUCGCUGUCGGGCUUCGGCGACGCUUUCACUGCCCGGCAUCAUCAGGAGUUCGGCUUCACCCAGCCUCGCAGCGUCAUCGUGGACGAUGUCCGAGUGCGAAGCGUUGGCAAGGGCACAGACUUCCACCUGACGAGCCCAUUCCAGGAGCUGCAGCGGGCUCAGUCAAGCCCGCCCGUCACUCCAGUCCAGCCAGAGGCGAUCAGGAAGGUCUACUUCGAAGGCCAGGGCUGGACGGAGACGGGACUGUUCUUCCUCGGAGCUAUCCCUGUCGGCGCUCGCAUCAAGGGCCCCGCCAUGGUUGUCGACAAGACCCAGACCAUCGUGGUGGAUCCCGCCAGUGCCGCCGUCGUGCUGUCGGAGCAUCUGAUCCUGGAAAUCCUCGACGUGGAGAGGGCGGGGAUUGCAACCGACGCCGUCGACCCCGUCCAGCUCAGCAUCUUCGGCAACCGCUUCAUGAGCGUUGCCGAGCAGAUGGGCCAGACGAUGCAGAAGACGUCGAUCUCGGUCAACAUCAAGGAGCGGCUGGACUUUUCCUGCGCCGUCUUCUCGGCCGACGGCGGGCUUGUUGCCAACGCCCCGCACAUCCCGGGCCACCUGGGCUCGAUGAGCUACGCAGUCGCCUACCAGGCCAGGCUGUACGGCCCCGGCGAGUUGAAGCCAGGCGACGUCCUGCUGAGCAACCACCCGCGGGCGGGAGGCACGCACUUGCCCGAUCUGACAGUCACUACGCCAGUCUUUGAUGAGAACGAUCCCUCGAGAAUCCUCUUCUUCGUCGCCAACCGUGGCCACCACGCAGACAUCGGCGGUAUCCAGCCCGGGUCCAUGCCGCCCAACUCUACAGAGCUGUGGCAGGAGGGCGUGGCCGUAGAGACGUUCAAGAUCGUCAAGGAGGGCCACUUUGACGACGCCGGCCUCAAGGAGAUCUUGGUCGACAUCCCAGAGUCUUAUCCCGGCUGCAGCGGGACGAGGACGCUGCGAGACAACAUUGCGGAUUUGAAGGCAGCCAUUGCCGCCAACAACCGUGGCAUCCAGCUCAUCACGGCCCUGGUGAGGGAAUACACCUGGCCCGUAGUCGAGUUCUAUAUGCAGCAGAUCCAAGAGAACGCCGCCCAAUCGGUCCGGGAGUUGCUGAAGGUCUUUUCGAAGCGGUUCGAGGGCCAGGACCUGCAAGCGAUCGACUACCUCGACGACGGCACCCCGCUAGCGCUCAAGGUUCACAUCGACAGCGAGACCGGCGACGCCACCUUUGACUUUGAGGGAACAGGCCACGAGCAGUACGGCAAUCUGAACUGUCCCCCAGCAGUCAUGCUUUCAGGAAUCAUGUACUGCCUGCGGUCAAUGAUUGCCACCGACACCCCUCUGAACCAAGGCUGUCUUGCACCCAUCAAGCUCAAGCUCCCCGAAGACUCGAUCCUUUCGCCAUCAUUAAAAGCCGCAACCGUCGGCUCCAACGUGGAGACCUCGCAGAGGAUUGUCGACCUGAUCUUCAAGGCCUUCCAGGCGUGUGCUGCCUCUCAGGGGACGUGCAAUAACCUGACGUUCGGCUACGGCGGCACCGACCCCGAGACCGGCAAGGUCACCAAGGGCUUUGGCUACUACGAGACUAUCGCGGGUGGCUCGGGAGCAGGAGCCGACUGGGAGGGCGAGAGCGGCGUGCACACCCACGUCACCAACACGAGGAUCUCGGACCCCGAAAUCUUCGAGCGCAGGUAUCCAGUGCUUCUUCACGAGUUCUCGAUCCGGCAUGGAAGCGGAGGCCCCGGACUGAACCGGGGAGGCGACGGGUGCGUAAGAGACAUCGAGUUCCGCAGGCCGCUGCAGGUCUCGAUCCUGUCGGAGCGCCGGGUGAUUCCGCCGUACGGCAUGGCAGGCGGCGACGAAGGCAAGAGGGGCCUCAACCUGUGGAUCCGGCGCGAUCCCGAGGACGGGUCGGUGCGGACGAUCAACCUGGGCGGCAAGGCGACCGCCCACAUGAACGCAGGAGACAGGAUCAUUGUCCUCACGCCGGGAGGCGGCGGCUACGGGCGUGCUCCCGACAAGGUGGAGAAGAAGGAGCUCUUCGGGGCGUUCAGGAUCGGGGACAAGUUUGCGGCGGCAGCGUCGAGGAGCAACGGCAGCGUCGCGCAGAGGGAGGCUCUGGCAACACAGAACUAG